GCGGCGCGGGAGGCUCCGCCAGGCCCUCCCUGCUUCCCUCCCUGCCUCCGAGGUCCAGGGGCCUCUUCCUCGGCUUGGCUCGGGGUCUGGCCAGGACGGCCCUCCUCCGCUCCCUGGGCCGCCGCCGCCGCCGGGAGCCCCUUCCUCCCUCCCUCCGCCUGGAAGUAGCCGCAGGAGCCAUGGGGCGGCUGGACGGCGCCCUCCUCCUCCUCCUCUUGCUCCCGGUCCUCCUGGUCCCCUCAGCGGCUGCGGGACGGCAGGAGCUGCAAGUCAUUGACCUCCUGACUGUGACGGAGCCCCGGCACAUGGCUACUGUCACCAACAAGAUCCGAACGGAGCUCCUGUCUGUCAAUGACAUCUACUUGCUGUCCACCUUCCGCCUGCCCCCCAAGCAAGGUGCAGUUUUGUUUGGACUCUACUACAAGAAAGACAACAGCCGCUGGUUGGAAGUCUCAGUGGUUGGCAAGACCAACAAAGUCCUCAUCCGAUACCUUCGGGCUGAUGGGAAGCUCCAUUCGGUGAACCUGCAGAACGCCAACCUGGCCGACAGCCGCAGCCACACCGUCCUCCUGCGGGUGAGCGGCCUGCAAGGCAGCAGCCUAUCCACAGACCUGUAUGUGGACUGCAAGCAAGUGGACUCCAAUGCAGGGCUGCCAGAUAUGUUACCUGUUGCUGGGGAGCAGGUGGAGGCCAUGGAGGUGCGGACAGGACAGAAAGCUUAUCUCCGCAUGCAGGGGUUUCUGGAGUCACUAAAGCUGAUCCUAGGAGGGUCAAUGAGCCGGGUAGGAGCAUUAAGUGAGUGCCCCUUCCAGGGAGAUGAAUCCAUGCAGAACACAGUAUCCAACGUGAUCAAUUCCCUUUUUGGUGAACAAACCAAGGCCCUCGUGAAACAGCUCACACUCUUCAACCAGAUUUUGAUGGAACUUCAGGAGGACAUGAGAGAUCAGGUGAAGGAGAUGUCCUUGAUUCGGAACACCAUUAUGGAAUGUCAAGUGUGUGGGUUUCAUGAACACCGUUCCCGUUGCAACCCUAAUCCCUGCUUUAGUGGUGUUGAUUGCAUGGAGACGUAUGAAUAUCCAGGCUACCGCUGUGGGCCUUGCCCACCUGGCUUUGAGGGCAAUGGAACCCACUGUGCUGACAUCAAUGAGUGUGCCUAUGCCAACCCCUGUUUCCCUGGAUCCAAAUGUCUCAACACAGCACCAGGCUUCCGGUGUGAACCAUGCCCCCCUGGCUACAAAGGAAACCUCAUCUCCGGUGUGGGAGCCGACUAUGCCAAAGCCAGCAGACAGGUUUGCACAGACAUUGAUGAAUGCACUGAUGGGAACAAUGGAGGAUGUGACCCCAACGCCAUCUGCACCAACACUGUGGGAUCUUUCAAAUGUGGACCUUGCAAGUCAGGUUUUGUGGGCAACCAGACAGGCAACUGCACCCCCCAGAAGACCUGCGAGAGCCCCAGUAACAACCCUUGCGACAUCAACGGCUACUGUCUCUUUGAACGCAAUGGAGAUGUUUCCUGUGCGUGCAACGUGGGUUGGGCUGGAAAUGGUAACGUGUGUGGACGCGACACAGACAUUGAUGGCUACCCGGAUGAGCCACUGCCCUGCAUGGACAACCAUAAACAUUGUUCACAGGACAACUGUCGAUUGACACCCAACUCAGGGCAAGAGGAUGCUGACAGUGAUGGCAUUGGAGACCAGUGUGAUGAUGAUGCGGAUGGUGAUGGGAUAAAAAAUGUGGAGGACAAUUGUCGCCUCUUUCCCAACAAGGACCAGCAGAAUUCCGACACUGACUCAUUUGGGGAUGCUUGUGACAACUGCCCCAAUGUGCCCAACAAUGACCAGAAGGAUACAGAUGGCAAUGGGGAAGGGGACGCUUGUGACAACGACAUCGAUGGAGAUGGAAUCCCCAAUGGGCUAGACAACUGCCCCAAAGUGCCCAAUCCACUACAGACAGACCGUGAUGAGGAUGGGGUGGGUGACGCCUGUGACAGUUGUCCAGAGAUGAGUAACCCUACUCAGACAGAUGCUGACAGUGACCUAGUGGGAGAUGUUUGUGACACCAAUGAGGACAGUGAUGGUGAUGGUCAUCAGGACACCAAAGACAACUGUGCAGAGAUCCCCAACAGUUCUCAGUUGGAUUCAGACAAUGAUGGGCUGGGAGAUGAAUGUGACAAUGAUGAUGAUAAUGAUGGAAUACCUGACUAUGUGCCCCCUGGCCCAGACAACUGCCGCCUUGUUGCAAAUCCCAUCCAGAAGGACUCGGAUGGUGAUGGUGUAGGGGAUGCAUGUGAGGAAGACUUUGAUAACGACACUGUCGCUGACCCACUGGACGUGUGCCCAGAAAGCUCCGAGGUGACAUUGACAGACUUCCGGGCCUACCAGACAGUCAUCCUGGAUCCUGAGGGGGAUGCCCAGAUAGACCCCAACUGGGUAGUGCUCAAUCAGGGCAUGGAAAUUGUCCAGACAAUGAACAGUGAUCCAGGCUUGGCAGUAGGUUAUACAGCAUUCAAUGGAGUGGAUUUUGAGGGCACCUUCCACGUCAACACUAUCACUGAUGAUGACUAUGCUGGCUUCAUCUUUGCGUACCAAGACAGCGCCAGUUUCUACGUGGUAAUGUGGAAACAAACGGAGCAGACCUACUGGCAAGCGACUCCCUUCCGAGCAGUGGCUGAGCCUGGCUUACAGCUCAAGGCAGUGAAGUCCAAAACAGGUCCAGGUGAAUACCUGCGGAAUGCCCUGUGGCACACCGGUCACACACCAGACCAUGUAAGGUUGCUGUGGAAAGACCCUCGCAAUGUGGGAUGGAAGGACAAAACGUCUUACCGCUGGCGCCUCAUUCAUCGGCCCCAGGUGGGCUACAUCAGGGUGUUGCUUUAUGAAGGACCCCAACUGGUGGCUGACUCAGGCGUUGUCAUUGAUACAACAAUGCGAGGAGGGCGCUUGGGAGUCUUCUGUUUCUCCCAGGAAAAUAUCAUCUGGUCUAACCUACAGUAUCGCUGCAAUGAUACUGUCCCUGUGGACUUCGAACCGUUUCGCCGGAUUUUACUAGAAGGCGCUUGAAUGAAGGCUGUCAGAUGUGCUCACCAACCAAUGCUAAGCCAAGACCUUUCUAAAGACUCUUGGUCGCCCCCUUCCCCAAAUUUGGCAUUGUUUCUGCUCCCCUACUCACUGAUACACAAACACACCAUGGACUGGACAACUGAAAAACCUUAUUGAACAGUUUCUGGAAACAUGAGUGCUGCUAACUCAGCCAGUCAGUAGUGCUUGCAGGGUUCAUAGAAGUCCUUGAACCAUAAGGAUCAACAAAGGAUUGUGGAAUAGCAGCAACAUCAGCCAGUAGGAGAGGACUGCUCUGGAGCUAAUUUCCAUCAAUGUAUGGAUGCCCUCUGGUGUUCCCCUUUCAUCCUUUUGGGAAACAUGAAUUCGCCCAUAAAAUUUUGGCUCUUUUUCUAACUUCUUAGUCCUGUUGUUGUUUUGGGUAUGUAUUAGAGGUAAACAUAUGAAUAGCAUGCAUCUUGUGGGCUUCAAACAACUGAGGGACAUGUCUGAUUUAAACCUACCUUUCAGUAUGUAUUCCACCUUUGGCAUUUUCCAGAUGUUCAGCAUGCCAGCUUCAUUUAUCAUGAAAUUCUUGCAACUAAGAAGAUGUGAUAUCAAACCAAAACAUUCAUCUCUCUAUCUAAUCUAGCCAUCUAUAAAAUGAUUUAAUACUAUUUUCCACACACAUUUCUCCCAUACACAUACAGAAAGAAUCCUGGGACAUAGUUUGAUGAGUGCUCUAAGCAUUUUCUCCUUCCCUCCACCACCUACAUCCAAAAGAAAUACCAUCACAAGCAAAAUACAAGCACAAAGACCUUGGGUAUUCAGAAACAUAUUCUAUAAAACAUAAGUUUGAUGAUGAUAAUAUAGUACCUUUCUUCUCCUUUUUGCUGUGCCCAUCCCCUAAAGCACAGCUCAUGAAAAAGGUUAAGAAAAUAUCUAGCCUCAGAUUAUGCCAAUCCCAAUCCAUAGGUUGGUUACCAUGACAAUUGCAAUUGUUAAACUGAUUGUUUCUCAUUUCAUAAAACUGACCAUAACAGAACAGAU